AUGCUGCACGGUCCGGUCUUCCCAGGUUUUGGCCACCACCUUGCUCAACCUCCUACAAUGCCAGUAGCUACUGAGGUGCAGAGGAGCCCCAAGAUUUCCUUCAACAUCGACUCCAUACUUUCCAAGGUGGACAAACCUGCUCCCAAAAUCAUGGUGGACAGAAGUGGCUGGCAGAGCCCCUCUCCACCCUCUGUGCACUAUGGCUACUCCUAUGGAGCCAUGCCCUACCCUCCAGUGUGGCUCUACAAGCAUGCAGGUGCCUACUCCAACUAUGCCCAGCCCCAGCAGCAAGUCAGGGUGUCCAGAGGAGAUUGUAUGUGCUCAGACCCUCUGUGCAAGGAGAAAGGACUUGCAUACACACAUUGCAAUGCCAGUCCCAUUGGAUCUCUGUCCUGGAGAACAGGACCAUGUAAAAUGAAGAGGAUCAGGACUGUUUUUACUCCAGAACAGCUAGAAAGGCUAGAAAAGGAAUUUCUGAAGCAGCAAUACAUGGUGGGAACUGAAAGAGUGGACCUGGCCACUACACUCAACCUCACAGAGACUCAGGUCAAGGUCUGGUUCCAGAAUCGCCGUAUCAAAUGGAGGAAACAAAGUCUAGAACAAAAGAAGGCCAAACUGUCCCAGUUUGGUGUCAUUCCCACCGACCAAGCCUCAGACCAUACAGAUGAGAGGGAGAUGGAAGAUGAUGAGGAUGACGUGGAUGUAGAGCUCUAG